AUGGCCGUCGUCGACCAGGGCACCCAGACUGGCAUCGUCCUCACAACAGCCCUCGCUACCUUCAUCACCGGCUGGCUCUUCGGAGUCUUCACCACCAGAGGCUACCUCAUCUCGCCCGCGCUGGCCGAAGAACGACGGCGCAACCUGUACGACCCGGUCGAGAGCGAGGAGAGCGACGUCGACGAGCGCGACUGCGUCCUCGACCACGCGCCCAACUGGGCCAACGGCGAGGCCGCCGACCGCAAGCAGGGUCUUCGGGCCGCCCCCCGCGCGGGCGGCCUGAUUGAGCGCACCGCCCUGCCCAUGCCCGGCGACCCCGGCGAAGAGUGCAAGCUCGUCCUGGUGGUCAGGACCGACUUGGGCAUGACCAAAGGCAAAAUCGCGGCCCAGUGCUCCCACGCCACGCUGGCCUGCUACAAGGCCCUGUGCGGCGGGUCCAAGGCGGCCGGCGAGAUCCUGCGGCGCUGGGAGAGGGGCGGCCAGGCCAAGAUUGCGGUGCAGGUGCGGAGCGAGGCGGAGCUGAUGGAGCUGCGGUGGCGGGCGCUCGAGCUGGGCGUCACGGCUGAGGUGGUUCAGGACGCGGGCAGGACGCAGAUCGAUCCGGGGACGCUGACGGUCCUGGGGGUCGGGCCGGCGCCGAAGAGCGUCGUGGACAAGAUUACGGGGCACUUGAAGCUGUUGUAG